AUGACGGAAGAUACGCGGCCGAGCCGAGAGUAUGCGCGCCAGGCGUCCUUAUCUCCGCGCAACACCGGCGGCCUGGGCAACCCGAGCGCGGUGCGCGGGCGCAUGGACAGCGGCACCGCAUCAAUUCAGCAGGCGCUGCCGUCGCGGCGCAUGGACACGUCGUAUGCGGUGCACCGUGUGCUGCCCCGCAUGGUGUAUCCGUCUUUCACCAACAAUUUGCACAUCUUGUCCCCGCAGCACGACACAUCGAAAUCGAGCUCCUGGGCUCACGCAUACCGUCCUUUUGACUACACACUGUCGGCCUGCACCUCGCAACCCCGCUCACCGCCUCUACCACCCCUCCGCAGCACCGUAGAUGUGACGGCGCUCCCUUGCGAGGUGUCAAUGGCUGCUGCCGCAAUGGGCUUGCAUCCCAUGCGGGCGAAAGCAAGCAGCAAUGACGUCCCGUCGCCGCUGCUCUCGCAGCAGCCUCAUCGAUCACCCCCCUGCCAGACUGUUUCUCUGAGCCCGUUGGACUUCGUAGCUUCAACGUCUGAGGCUCAACUGCCGACAGAGCUCACCGAGGCAGAAUUGCCCACGAAGCCUCCCGAGGCGCUCAGCGCGAAGCUCGACGCGGUGUUCGACUGCGCCGCCAAAGCACUCGUAGGGACGAUUCCGAUGCUCCUUCCCGCGUCUGCCUCCGGCAGUGCCGUGGUGCCGUCUACGUCGGCCUCAUCGUCUUCACAGGUGGGGGAGGGUAGCGGACCGCUGCUCGGCGCAGCGAUGCAACAGCGGAAGCUGCAGACAACGCUGGCGUCAGCCCUAGUCUUCGCCAAUCUGCAUGACGGCGACGACAAGAGGAAUGUAAGCGGAGCCGUCGAGCCCUGUCUGAUGUCGGUACUUUCGCCAGUACACCAGCAGCCACGCCACCAACACCACAAUCAACCUUCCGCAGUGGCGCUUCCCAAGGCGGCAACGUUGGUGAUGAGUGGCGGGCACAGUACGCGAGACUUUCAGCGCGGGACAUGGGUGUUCCUGUUCGCCUGCCAGGAGCGCCUAGCGCGCGAGCUACUUGAGGCUGAGGAAACGAGCGAGGCGCUACGGUGUCUGCCGGCGUCAUGCGCGGCGUGGCGCACCUACUACCGCCCUACCUUGGGCAGCCCCGAAUGCGGUGCGGUCCACCUGACUAGCAGCACAGACAUGGACGUAUCCCUGUCUUCAGACGUGUCCACCGCAUGGACAACGGAGUUCGCCCCGUCCACUGUGAUGCUUUCCGAUUCGAGCGACGCGGAUACUUCCUACGAUGCGACUGAGAGUGCCUUUCUUUCGCACUGUCGUCGUGUGAACAAGGAGAAAGGGAAGCGGAAAGGCAAGAAACUACUCACCCAACCACCACAUCCGGCGUUCGCGGUGGCUGUCUACCGGCUGGAACUCCUGGAGAGCAUCCUCGGUGACGAAAUCAGGACAGAGGAGGAGAAAGCAUUUCACGCCUGCAUUGAGAAGCCGUUCAAGUACGAGCAUCGGCUGCUCACCGUCGGCACCUUGCCGCUUGAGCGGUUCCUGCGCGGCUGGAUCGCCAUUCACCGUGCGCAAAGGCUGCGCCACGCCCUCCAGCGGGGGAAAGUGGGGGACGUGGAGCAGGAGGCCCGUGCCGCGCUACAUGCGACGAGCCAGACGCUGCAGCGGCGCUUCCAGCUGAUGGUGACGGCCCUUGUAGAGCAAGAGCAUUACUACCGCUGCUGUUUGGAGCUUCUCUACACGCAGGAUGCGGCGUGGGCUGGAGUGGUGUUGCUGCGCUUGCAGGAACAGGUCGAGCGCUUUCCACUUGCGUUCGGCGCUGUCAUGAGUAGAAGGCGCGUAUGUGGGCGGAUGAAAGGAUUGACCGUGUUCUCCAACCUUGCGCUGGCCGAGCAGGCAAUUCGCGAAACGAUCAGCGGCGAGGAAGCGCGGCAACGUGCUGGAUUCCCAACCGAGCUCGAAAUGCGCGGAGUGCACCUCGUGCAAGAGCCGCAGGCACGCGAGAAACUGGUUGAUCGCGAAGCCGCCGAGCGCGCUGUGGUGCAUCAAGUCGUGUGCGCGCUGCAGACUCACUACAGCAUCCGGGAGGCGGAAAUCGAGGAGGGCAUCGAGCGUCAAUACUGGCUGAAGCAGCUGAUGCAAGGCGGCGUCGAUGGCGCCGUCACGAGCGCAACGCCGCGGCCUCUACUUUGUGACGUGGUCGCGGCCGAGGUGGAGCUGUGA